CAAAUUCCGACGUGUUAUUAUUACAUAUUAUUGUGUAUAUUUCGUUCAAUUUACAGUGACUUAAUCUUGGAAUGCUAUUUGCUUUCUUACAUCAACACAUACGCUACUCUGAAUGAAAAUUUACUCACAUAAUUAAGAUUUUCUUUUUUACUCUUUUUUAAAUGUCUACUUUAUCUACUACAAAUAUAUCGAUAGAUUGCAAGGUGUUAAAAUAUUAUAAUUAAGCUAACGCUACUUUGAUGUGAAAAAAAUUGCAUUGAAUGUUAAAAAUGAAUUUUAAUUUAUCAAAUUUUUUAUAACAGUUGUACUAAACUUGAAUUAGCACUUGGAUGAAAUCAUAGUGUUGAGGAAUAAAUUGAGUUCAAAAUUAUGUCGUGUAAAGUUAAAUGAAGUGUCAAAAUUUUGUUUAACCCGUAGACAUUCGCAUGAGAGUCAAAUUGAUCCAUACGCAAACUAAUUAUCUAUCUGAAUGUAGAUUUAUCUUAAUGACAUAUUUUGAAAAAUACAAAUAUUUUUUAAUUCUAAUAUGUUUAAAAAUAAAAAUUCUAUCUUGAAAACAUGUGUCUCAGUUUACAAUUUCUUAUCAAGAAAAAUAAAAACACGUUAAAGUGUCACGCGCACACUUGCCUAUGGGUUAAACUCUCGUUGAAGAAAUUUAACUUUAUUUUUUCAUUAUCACAAAAAAACUAUUAAUAUGUAGUUGUCGAAAAAUUUUAAGAAUCUACGUUUAUAAUAUUUUGUUCUGAAAAGUAUAAUAUUUGCGAUCAUGCGAUGUGCAAGAUUGUCAGACAUAAAGUUUUAUCCUCAAUUUUGGAAUUAGCCAGGAAGAGAAUAAAUAUCUCGUCAAAAAGAAACGAAUUGUUAUUCUUCCUUCGUGAUCAAGAAAUUUAUACGUUUUAUACAUUUUAUCACGGAAAAUAUAAAAUUUACACAAUUCUUAUUGUACAUCGAUAUUUUCUUUUCGCGUUUUUCUCCAUACUCCGAACUGUCGAUAGGCCCCUGCGGAAUUCCAUCCGCACGCUUUCCCUCUAUUAUCACCGCAAUUCCGCCCCUGGUUCUCCAAUCGUCCUAAGCGCGAAGAUGUUUCGAAAAUGAGUUCGACGCGCCGGACGUGUAAUACACGCCGUCUUCGUGUCCAUGAAAACAAUUUUUUGCCGGCGUUCUCUCGCCGGCAAAGGUCUUCGCUACGCGCGUACAUCUAUAUAUAAUACAUCAUACACUGACGCUCUGGUGUCGGGGCGGUGAGGAGCGUUUUCCCCAAGAGCCGAGGAUAGCACGUCGACAAAAACCGGGUGAAUCGGUGCCGAAUGCCACGCGCCGCGAUUGGCCGUCGCCCCUGGUGGGGCAUGCCUUACCCCGAAAAUCAGCCCGGAUUCCGGGAAACGGAAUGCCGGGGCCCUCGCGUCCCGCAACCCCCUCCGGGGUAACUCCCCUUUUACUUGUUACCACCGCCAUAUUUUGUUUACACCGCGCACACCGCGCCGCACACCGUCGGUUGAUCGCUCGAUCGCCCGCUCGCUCACUCGCGCCGAUUACAACGACAGGUUACAGCGCUGCCGCCGAUCGAGUUGGACGGCAGCAGCGGCGAGGACGAGGACCAGACCCGGGACGAAGAGACAGAGACCCACCGGCGGGACCAGGCCCCGCGGUCAUCACACCACCGCCUCGUUCAACUUGAUAGAUCGGCACAGUGCCAUCGUUAUUGCAGCAGGUCAGUUCGCAUCUCCUCGGGCAAUAGUGUGAUGUGAAGUGUAUCGGAUUAUCGUCAAUUAUGUCCCUUUCCUACGUAUCUAGAUUCUGCAUCCCCGACCAUGUGUCCGGAAGACACCUGCGUCUUCGCUAGUCUUCAGCUACGAGCAUCACUGUCUAUUUCUAUUCGUUUCGGAAUAAUUUGUGUGUCUGCUUUUAGGUAUCCGUUUUAAGAUUACUCUUCCCCUUCGGUAUUUCAAAUUCGUCAGUUCCGCGCGACGAGGUGAUGUUAUUGAAGAGUCACCAGCACUCGCCACCGUUUACCCCGUUUGACCUAACGCCGGAUAAGUUUAUAUUUGACAAUACGAAGUGUCGCCGAGAUUAACGUUUGCCAAAAUUAACGCGGGAACCCAGCGUCUAUUUGAAAAUAAAAUGCCUUCUACAUCACUGUCUUUAAAUGUGAUAUGCAUAUUUAAUUGAGUGCAUUACCCUCGACGAAUAAAAGAUUGAUUCCCUCCUAAUCUCCUGGGGCCGGAGACUCUCCCCUCGGAAGAGCCGAAAGUUAAACACAAUAAUUAAACCAUUUGUUAAGUAACUCAUCGAUUGUUCGAAUUCAAAGAUGUUAUCUUCUUUUCUCAACUCCGGAACUUGAAAAAAAAAAUAGGGGGAACAUAACUUCUCGCGCUAACAAAUUAUUAUUUAAAUAUUACGUUAUUAUUAUACAUCUGUACAAUUAAAGUUUAAUUGGAUAUAUUAGUUCUAAUGGUCGUCGAACUCGCCGAGCUGACUCUCCGUAGAGUACAAGAUUACGUCUACGUGACUCCUCGUGGAUUGGUAUUGCCUACGUGAUGUUUACCUUUUUUUUUCGUGUAGACUAUAUGAAACAUGCAGAAGCAAACAAGCCGUUUCUUGCCCGGAAUAAUGAAGGAAUUUCGGCGAAUUUGCUGCAUACGGAAGAGAACGUUAAAUUUUCUACAUGAGCGAACGCGAGCUUACAAACAACAACAAUUCGAAAUUUGGUUCGCGCACCUCGAACAGAGUCGUCGUCUACUCGGUCAGAUAGGAGUUAUUGUAUCCGACAUACAAGAGAAGUAAAUUAUGCGCUGGUGGCAAAGUCGGUUCACGAUUAUCGUUAAUAUUCACGUGAUUAAGCCGUCGUGGCUUGCACGUGUAUGACACCCGGUGAUCUGCUGAUCCCGCUACGUGAUCGCAUUUUUUCGCGGGCCAUCGCGAACAACGAGGAUCGCUUCAAAAAUGAGAAUUACGCGGGAAUGGAUUCAAACGAACGCGUGCUGGUAUUAAAUUCGUAUUUAAACGUACAGAAGACGAAUUCAAAAUCUCCGCGUCCUUCAAAUGCCAUCCUGCGCGAGAGUAACCUCCAGAGGAGAACGCGCGAUAGUUUCGUUGGGAUGGAAUGUGCCUGCCUCUCCCCCUCGCCUUACUAGCUUUUGUCGAUCGGAUUUUUUUAUACUUUCCGGAAGUAUCGCGUAACAAAUAAACAAUGUCUAAUUUCUAUGUUGAGUUGAGCUUCUAUUUCGUGUUGGCAGCGUCGCGACGUGGUGAAGUAGGCGGAGGUCGCGGCGGAUACGUCGCUCGUCGGACGACAGGAUGAGACCCGACGAGAUGGUGGUGAACAGCAGCGAACCACGGCGAGCGGCAGAGACGAUGUCGGAAACGUCGGAGGGCACCGCGACCACCAGCGUGUCCGGCAAGUCCGGCUUCGAGAGCCGCGAGGAGCUCCGUGAACUCGCGGCCGAGCUCGACAUCGACCCCGAGGAUCUGCAUCAGGAACGCUUCCGCGUGGAUCGCCGUAAGCUGGAGCAGAUGCUUCUUGGUGAUACCAAAUCGGCGGAAACCUUCUUCAAAGCCGUUAUGGACAGAACAAAUACUUUGGUUACGUGGCCAUCGAGAUUGAAGAUCGGAGCAAAGUCGAAGAAAGAUCCGCACAUAAAAGUCGCAGGUCGACUAGAUGAUGUACGAUCAGCGAAGGAGAAGAUAAUGGAAAUUUUGGACACACGGCAAAAUAAUAGAGUGACCAUGAAGCUGGACGUUAGUUACACCGACCAUUCGCACAUCAUCGGCAAAGGCGGCCUGACGAUUAAACGAGUAAUGGAGGAAACUGGCUGUCACAUUCAUUUUCCAGACAGCAACCGCAGCAAUCACCAGGACAAGAGCAAUCAGGUCUCUAUCGCUGGCGAGAUGGAAAGCGUCGAACGCGCUCGUGCUCGUGUUAGGAAUUUGACACCCUUGAUUUUCUCCUUCGAGCUACCUAUAAUGAGCGCUUCGCAGACCAUACCAGAUUGUACCUCACCGUGCGUGGUGAAGAUACAAGAGAAAUACAAUGUACAAGUGAUGUUUCGCACUAGACCGAAGCUGCAUGCUACCCUGGUGGUUGUCAAGGGAUGCGAAUGGGAGGUUAACCAAGUCAAACAUGCGACGCGUAUGCUGAUCCAAUAUAUGUGCAAAAAUCUAGCUAGUCAAAUCCAAGUACAAAUGUCAAUGGAGAUCUCACCUCAACAUCAUAGCAUCGUGCUAGGCAAACAGAGUAGCAAUCUAAAGAUGAUUAUGCAACGUACCUCUACGCAAAUCAUGUUCCCCGAUGCUGGCGAUCCGAAUAUACCGAGCCUUAAAAAAAGCAACGUCACUAUUACUGGCGAAAUAAACAACGUUUACUUAGCCAGACAACAGUUAGUGGGCUCAUUGCCAUUGGUACUUAUGUUCGAUCUGCCAGAAGACUCUGUGAGUGCUUCCGUGGAUACUGAAAAGAUCUCUCAACUCAUGCAAUCUCUGGACGUGUUUAUCAAUGUUCGCCACAAGCCGAAACAGAGUACACUUUCCGUGAUUAUCAAAGGAAUCGAGAGGAAGGCCAGUAAUAUUUACAAGGCGCGGAAGCAGUUGCUAGGAUUGGAUGAGCCCACGGUUAUUGCCGAUAUACCAGUUACUUAUUACAUUCCGAAUGCUGGCAAUGUUUUCCAAAGCAAUUCCAAUAACGAUAGUCCCAACAAUCUGGUCAGCGGCGUCCCGGACAACUUUUCAAGUAUGUUAAAUGUAAACACGCAGAACUCGCCGUAUUGCGUAUCGCCGAUGUCGCACUCGCCGAAUUCUCUGGGACUGUCGUCACACUGGGGCCUCGCUCAUCAUUAUAUUCCGUCGAUGUGUCCGUAUCCAUACUCUCAUUUGAACCACCUGCUGACGACACAACACAUGCUGCACAACAACAUGAUGGGAGCUUCCCACGGGCCCCCUGGAUUAUCGAAUCACGUGAUGCCUCCUGGUAUCGGAGCGUUUCAUCCUAACAACGUACCGACCAAUUUUUCUGGCAUCCAUGGUCUGAACGCCAAUUCAUUGAUGGAUAACAAAGAUGGUAACAGUGCAUAUUCUUCGCUAAGUAGCGUUUCUAGCUCUUUAUCUAGUCCUGCCAUCAGUCCUCGUAACAUUUCACCGGUCAAUCCUACGGAUGCUAAUACCAAUUUACCGGAUCUAUCGAGCAUGUUGUCCGACUUACCGGUCACCGAUCGACGCGCACCUGGUUGCGAGAAGAAAUCGCUUGAGAUGGCUGCGCAGCAGAAUUUUGCGUCUUUCGAUUAUGAGCAGAAGAAGCUGCUGGCCACAAAGGCUAUGCAAAAUAAGUCGAACAGCAAUGAUUUUCGCGUACCAACAUCUGCUUGGUCUGGUUGUGGCCUUAGCCAAAGCAUUCCACUCACGAGUGAUUUAAGCAAGGAGCUAACGUCACAUCCUUCAGAUUUGUGGAAAGAACCGACCACGCCGGUGUUCAGUACCGAGAUUGAUUUCAGUAGUAUUAUCUCGAGCAAGGAUCGCGCCGGACAGAUCGGGAUGGCCUCGAAUUAUCUGGACCACACGCCGACCUCCUAUUUAAACAAAAUUACAUCGUCCCAUCGUUUCGAUGAUCUGAACAGCAUGUUGACUAGCAUCGGUUUGGAGAAAUAUAUACAAAUGAACAAACGAACUAGUCCGUUCUCUGGAAGCGCUGCGCCCGGCGCUGAACGGAAGGCAUCUUCGUCGUCGGCGCCAACGUCGUCGAUGGGCAAAUGCAAUCUGGAGUGGUAAAAAAAAAAAAACAAGUAAUCGCGUGUUAUCCGUUCCGAGCGUAAUGGCGUGUCAGCGCUGUCGAAGCCGAUCUCAGAGAUCCGUCGCACAUCGAUUACGGAAACAGACUACGUACUUAAUAAUAUCGAUCGCGUGUGUAAUUGCGGGUACCAUUACGUUAUUACAUCGAUCAUUCGGACGGAACAAACGUGGAUUUUCAGGAGACCGAAAGGGCUAUCCGGCUAUUUAUCUCGCGAAAACUCGACAGACGCGAUACAAAUAGCCAAAUAGUUUGCAUGUUGAUAAUUUGAAGUUACUUAAGUGUCAGGAGAAAGUUAUUUUUGUGACCGAGAACUGGCUCUAUUAUUUUUUUCCUUAUUUUUUUUUCGCUGUUCUCGGCGCGCGGCCGGAAGGUGCCUUAGGAUUUAAGAUAGUCGUUAUUAUUGUCGCAGUCUUUGUUUGUUAUCCAAGAUGGACAUUCGCGUCGUUAUCGUUUCGUUUCUUGUUAAUAAAUUUUUCUACAUGAAUUUUGGCAAUCUAAUCGGUUUUGCAAUCCAAUUAAACUGCUUACGAAACAAAAAGCGCGAAUCAGUUGCGUGCGCGCAACUAAAAAAAAAAAAAAAAAGAAUAGUGUCAAAUUCAUCGUCAUGUUUGAAAUUUUUGGCGAAACGUUGACGCGCGUGUCUUGUUCGUUACAUCGUGUGGUGGUUCGCUUGAUGACCGAAUAAUCGGUACGUGUGAGUGAAUGUGCAUGAUAUGUGUGUGUGCAUGAUGAUACAUCGGGUAUAAAUGUUUCGAGUAAAAUCUGAAAAAAAAAAUCAAAAAAGAAAUUAUAUCAGUUAGAAAUUUAAAAUAGAAUGCGAUGGGCGAGGGAUGUCCCGUGUGUUCAGCGGCCUUUCGUCCUAGCAAAAAUUUACAUAUAUUUAAUUCAGACUAAGCUCGAAUGCAACCGCGGGUCAGCCAAAACUGUACUCUUAAUUGAAAUUACAAUCGCCGAAUUACAAGCGUUCGAUGUUAAUCAGCGAUUCGACGCCGUGCGGCAACCAAAUACAGUUAUGGCAGCUCCCCCGUGAGGUUGACAUCUCGAGUUUUACAAAGUAAGUAUAAGUUGCAAAGUAUUUAUUAAUUAUUUCGCGAAAGACGCUGGACGCACGUCAAACAAUAGACCGAAAGAACUUUUCGUGUAAAGCAUGUAUUGAAGACAGAACGGUGUAAAACGAAUUCUAUAGCGCAAAUAUGCUAUCACUCUCCGUGUAACCGAUACUUUUCGAGGAGCCAGUUAAAUUAAGUAUUGAUACUAAACUACAAUUUGCGACGUCGCGUUAAUUAUAGAAAGCCUUCGUUAUUAAAUUAACUCUAAACUUGGCAGAGAGUCUAAGAAACAAAUUUAAAAUUGUAUUAUAGUGAUAAAUAUAAAAACUAUAUAUAUAUAUAUAUAUAUGUAAAGAUUAUAUAUAUGAAAAACUUCACAAAUUCAUAAAAUGAUAUUUAGAUAAACAGAAAUGUUAUCUUUCUUCAAUGUAAUUCUUUUUCCUAACAUUUAUUUAUGACAUAAUAUGAUUAUAAUGAUAAUUUGGACGACGUAUGCAAGUAUGAUUUAUAUAGAAUCUACGCAUUUAAAAGCGACAUGUUGCCAAGUUUAGAUUCUUCCGAUUCCUCGCACGCAGAGAGCUCCAUUGGCCGCAGUCGAUUUCGCAAAACGAUUGUUUUAUAGACAUAAGAUAUAUUUCGUUCUCGGUAAUAAUUUAUUCGAAUUUUUAAGCGUUAUUUUUGUUUAUUUUUUUUGGAACAAAGGAAUGAAAGCGUUAGGUAAAUUAGUUCUUGAAUUCACGCGCAUUAUUAUUCAGAGGUCAAUGUAACGCGUUAUACAUAUCGAAUGAAAAUCGAACGAAGAAGGUACGAUUAUUACUUAUUUUGCAGAGGAUAGAAAAUCGGUUCUCUCGUGAAAUUCUUGAUCGCGCGAUCGUCAAUCUCGAGGAUCAGAUAGAUUCCUGCGUAAAGAGUGGAAAUAAAGAAGGCCGAGAAUCGCGCGAUCGAGUUGAUCGAAUAUGCCUAACGAAAGAUUUUACUGCGAAGAGUUCUUGACUAAGUCUUUUGCGAAAUCUUUUUAAGCGUAAAUUAUUUAUGCGCUCGCGAGAUAGAUCGGAAUUAAGAGGAAUAAGUUAAUGAGAAUAAGAAUAUUUCGCAAAUACGUGUGAUAUAAUAUUGGACUGUCUGGUUCUAUUGUCCGUUUUCUUUUUUUUUUUGCUCAAUGGUAAUAAUAAAUGAUCUAAAACGAAAAGCUCCUAAAAGUCUCCGAAGCGUGCAAUCCGGUCAUCAUAAGGGCUACACGAUAAAAAUUGCAAGAACAAAUAGAUGAAGAUGAUAUAACCACGAAAUUGAUUAACUAUAAAAUAACAGACAAAAUAAUCUAUUUUGAUUUUGACAAUUUUAUAAUUUAAAAAAGAAUUUAACUUCUGAACUGUAGUUUCAAUAUCUAUAACUCUCGUUAAUUACUCUUUAGCAGAAAAAUUAUUAAAUUUUUAUUAAUAAAAUUCUACAACCGUUCAACAACACUUCGUUAGAAGUUACAAAUAUUCUAUUUUGGUACGAAAACCUCAAUAUACUUGUUAUUAUAUUAGUGACGGGAUAAUUUUUAAAGAAUUUCAUUUAUGUUAAUUGUAAAAAUCUCAUUGAUAACGACAAUUAAUACGAUCUUAAAUUUCAGAAAAGUUUAAAAGACACUUAGGAAGACUUUAAGGAUAAGAUAAAUUUUUUCCAUUUGAAAAAAUUGGGACCUCUUUGAGCCAUUUCUACAAGGUUCUUUCAAUUUUUUAUGUUGUCUAAAUGCUGUAUAUCAUCUUUAUCCAAUUUGCAUCUGCAAUGCCUAGGAGCUGCGUUCCCAUAAGGGGCAAAACAUGAUGUUUUUUUUUUGUGGCAACGACGUUAUCCAUAGAAAAGCUCUAAUCGGUAAAGGGUUUUGAAACGAUAAUCGCCAAA